CUCACCUGAUACGAAAAAGAGCUCUGAAUCAUGUUACUGGGAACAUGUGCCUGUUUCAUGCGAUUAGGAAGAUUCUCUCUGCUUUCUUUCGUUUCAGGAAUAAAAAUGGCUUCUGGCAGAGUAGGGACACGCCUUGCCGCUUGUCUGCUAAAUGUUUCAGAAGGAAGAAGAAAGGAUGUUGUUGAGAAAAUCGCAAAAGCUGCUGUUUGUAAGGAUAACGGCCAGGAGCAUCUCCAAGCAACGGUUCUUAAUAUAUUUUCUGACUACGACUAUAAUAGAUCUGUAAUAACAAUAGCUGCUCCCAUUGACAGGCUUGGCAGCUGUGUUGUUGCUGCCUGCGUGGAGGCUUUCUCAUCCAUAGAUAUGGCGGCGCAUGUUGGAAUUCAUCCAUGUCUUGGGGCUGUGGAUUUGGUGCCUGUUUACCCAUUGUUAGGUGUCGACUUGGAGGAAUGUGGAACAGUGGCUCGAAAUAUAGCGGAGAGCUUGGCUCAUUGUGUCCCUGGAUGCAGCAUAUUUCUUUUUGGACAUGCAGACCUCCCAAAGAAGCAAAGCCUUGUUCAAAGAAGGAAACAGCUGGGAUGGUUUAACCAAAGAGCUUCUAAAGCAGCUGAUAUUAAUCCUGAUAUAGGAUUGGCACCUAAUUUAAGAUACGGCUUAACUGGUGUUGGGGCCAGUCCGUAUGUGAUGAAUUGCAAUGUGACUGUAGACACUCAAGACUUGAUAAUGGCAAAGAAGAUAGCAGGUGCUAUCCGAGGAAGCAGCACAGGAGGCCUGAAGGGUGUUCAGUCGAUGGCUUUCCCACACAAUGGGCAAAUCGAAAUAGCAUGUAACGUGGAAAGUUUUGAUGAGAGUGACAACCAGUUGGCUACAGGGGAAGAGCUGGGCUAUGUUUCAUAUAGCAUUCUUGGGAGAACUUACUACUAUGUCUCACCACAGUUGAUAGAAGCUUCCAUCCAGAAGCUGGCCAGAAACCAUGGGGUCAGCACAGUGGGGACUGCGCUAGUUGGGUUUACGCCAGAAGAAUGUAAGCGUUGUGCUGCCUAUGCAUUAAUGAAUGGUGUUCGUGAAUUUUGGAGGGUUAGGGGUGGUGGUAUCUUUAUGUGAUAGACCUUUUUUUAAAAAAAAAAAUUAAAUUCAAAACAUUUCAAUUUAAGAUCUGUUUUGGGAAAACUGAACUAAGAAAUGGACAUCAGUGAAGCUAAAAAAUAACUAUAUAUUUUUAUGAUUGUAAAGCACCUUGGGGCCUCCUUACUAUUGCCUACAACUUUAAUUAGCUCCACCCAGCAUUGCCUGUGGAGUUGAAGUUCCAAAGCAUCUGAAGUCCAGAGGUUCAUCACCUCUACAGUAUGCUUACCAUAUUAAAAUUAACAGAAACUGGCUUACUUUAACCCAGUGUUUUAGACCAUAGUUUUCUCAACCAGCAUGGCCCAUGUACAAACAUAGAAGCCCUUCUCAUACUAGCUGUACAUGCAGGUUCUGGAAGUCCAUCACCACUGUGUGCCCCAAGGGUGGAAGAAACUUGUCUGCACAGCCUCUCUGGCAUGUUAUUUCAGCAAGCAGAGGCACCUUAACAUCCACACACUAUCUAUUAAAAGCAAUUGGUCUUCUCUGAAGACUCUCUGAAUCAGGUGGUGAAGGGGAAGAGGGUCCAGCCGAGCUCAGUGAUAAGGGUUUUGGUCACUUUGCUCAUCGUUGAAUUCCCAUUUCCUAAUACCAGUUGUUUUUCAUUAAUUCCCAAUUCUGCUAUCUGCACCUGAUGUUGUGCUCUGCAAAAAUUAUGUAGAUUUAGUUUUCCAGUUUUGCAUAACUGACUCUGGGUUCAGAAUUGGAUCUUCUAAAGCAGUGAUGGUGAACCUUUUACAGACCGAGUGCCCAAACUGCAACCCAGCACCCACUUAUUUAUUGCAAAGUGCCAUGUCCCUCUGGCUUUCUAGUAAGAGACUCUGGCAAACUCUGUGCUAGGGCAAUAGCAUGUGUGCCCACAGAGAGGGCUCUGAGUGCCACCUCUGGCACGCGUGCCAUAGGUUCGCCAUCACUGUUCUAGAGGACACUGAAGAUAGAACAUGCAACUCUUUUAUUCUGUUCUUGGAGGAGUUUUCUGGAGCAUAGUGGUAAACACUGCAAUCUCAUAUACACUUACUUGGGAGUAAGUUCCAGUGAAUUUAAUAGGAGUCACUUCUGAGUAAGCAUGCAUGAGACUGUAUUGUUAGAAAGAUAUAAUCUGGAAAAUGCUUAAUUUGAAUCUUGCCUUAUUUAUUUGUUUCUUUUAUCUAUUGCAUUUAUAUCAUUCUGCCUUUCUCUCAGCACAGGAACCAGGACAGCUGACAAACAAUAAAUCAACAUUAGCUAAAAAGAUAAUCAUAAAUUUAAAAUACAAUUAAAAGAUUGCCAUAUUAAAAUCAUAAAUCAAAUAAUAAAAACCAUUUAAAAACAUACAACAUCUCGUCUUGUGAGUUGGCCACUCUCACUGUAGCUCUGUUGCAGUACGACAUUUCAAAAAUCACUCCAGCUGAGCAUUUCAAAAAUAAAUCUGGAAUAAUGAUUGAGGAAUUUUAAAAAAAUGUGUGUAUUUUAAAAAAAACAAUGGAAUCAAUUUGGGGAUUGGAAGCCAACCUCUAUGAGGAGACAACUGUAUAUUGUUAGAGCAUGUGUGUGUGUGUAUCCACCAGAGGGCAGCAGUUAAGCCAUGGCCAUGCAGAUACUUCCUUGGAAUGAUGGCUUUUAGCUUUUGCUUUACUCUUGUUUUGCCAUCCAGUGGCUAAUGUGGGAAGUGCACAACCAGGAUUAUUCCAUGGUUUAAUCUUUAUAUGGUAAAGGUUAUGACUGUGGUGUUUCAGUUUUAUUUCCUGGACUUUACAACUAUUUGUCUCCCAGAGCCCACAUGGCCAAAAAGAAAGAGUGGCCUCUGCCUGCAUAGAUAUCCCUCCAUACCAUCUUAACUGAGACAACAAUGACAUCUUAACAAAAUGUAGAUCUGUGACUCUAACAUCAUCUUUUUUCUUUCUUUUUCUGGUAUGAUUUUUAACACUUUUGCCUGAUGAAGAAGUGAGCGCAGCUUCAAAAGCUUGCAUCAUGUAUAUUGUGCUUUUUGAUUGGCCCAAUAAAGAUAUCACUGUUUUGUGAAUUUUGGAUGUUAUUGUACUGUGGUGUUUAUUAUUGGUGUACAAUGGUUGCACUUUAGGUUUCAGACUUUCUGUGAGGU